ACCCUCUGCUCCGGAGUAGCCUAGCCCUAGACUAUUGGUCAAAGAAUGCCCCCUGUGGACAUAGCUGUAUUUCAUUACUGGGUUUUACAAAUAUAAUUUGGAUGCAGCAGGCCAGUCAUUGGUGAGUCAAACUGUCUGCAAAAACGUCAAGCGAUAAUCGUCUCGCAGCUGGAAUGCAAGGUUGAUUCACGAAGAACAGUUAGGAGGUAGAGACAACGCUGAAGACACACCAGUCGGACGGAUCCACACUGCACAUACAGCCAUGAAGGGGGAUCAUUUAUUUUCCAACCUGAGAAAAGCCACGUUCUACCAGCGGGUCUACCUACUGGGAGGAGAGGAGCUGCUGGUGGUGCAAAGCACUGUGGGAGUUUCCACGCUGGGUGACAGCUUCCACCAGAUCACCGACUUCAAUGACCUGCCCACCUCCCUAUUUGCCUGCAAUGUGGACCAGUCCGUGUUUGAGGAGCAGGAAGGCAAGGAGAUGUUCGAGGCUCUGUUCCUGUCCUAUGAUGAGCGGGUGACAUUCCAGCUGUUCAAGAGUUUCCGGCGUGUCCGCCUCAACUUCAGCAACCCCAAAGCUGCCGCCAGCGCCAGGAUAGAGCUGCACGAAACGCCCUUCAGGGGCAAGAAGCUCAAACUCUACUUCGCCCAGGUUCAGAACCCAGUAUCAGACAGUGAUAACCUGCACCUGGCUCCUCCUCAGCCCUCUAAACAGUUCCUCAUCUCCCCUCCUGGCUCACCGCCCAUUGGCUGGCAGCAGAUAGACGAGGCCACGGCCGUCAUCAACUACGACCUGCUCUAUGCUGUGGCCAAACUGGGCCCCGGAGAGAAGUUUGAGCUGCAUGCGGGAACAGAGUCCACUCCCAGUGUCGUAGUUCAUGUGUGCGAUAGCGACACCGAGGAGGAGGAAGAGGAACCAAAGAAUUGCCCCAAACCAAAAAUCAUCCAGACCCGGCGUCCCGACCUUCCUGUGUCCAACUGAACUCUGUCCCCCUGCCACUUCCUGCCGUAACAUCCUCGUCUGGAGGAAGGAGAAUCUGACCCCCAUCUCUCUCUCUCACAGGAACAUUCCCCAUGUUCAGCCCCCCCCCUCCCCGCCUUAAGGCCGCCCGCCUGGGCCAGAGGGGGAGUGAUCUCUGUUCCUCGUCCUCGCCGACAUACAGCCGUUGAUGUGCUACAUGUAUGAUCACAGAGUUUGUUUCCGUCUGUUGGCAAUACUCUACUAUCAUUUUCACUUUUCUAGAUUCAGCCACCAUGCCCUCAGUGAUUGGUUCCUGUCUUUAUGAUUCUGUAAAUGUAAUGUCACACAGUUAGCAGCAGCGCCUUGCUUUGAGCUCUGCCUCUGAUUGGCUUAGCGGUUGUGGUGCAUGCCAGUGUAAAGAAGCCCCUAGGUCGCCUUUAUGGACGUGUGUUAGCUUUGCUCUCGCACCACUGCGUAUGUACUACAAGCACUGAUGAUGAAUAGCGCUUCUCUCAUCAGGGCAUGCUAGCCACUGAGGUGGUGGGGGACUGGCGCUGCAUGAAUUGAAGUAACCCUAAGGAAUAUUAUGAUAAAUACUCAAUACUUAAAGUUGUCAGAGGUAAUUCCUCGUGUUGUCAGUGCUGUCUGUCGACCAUGGGAAUGGUCGAAUGGUUUUUUUUUAUCUUGCCAAUGCAUGCACUGGUAUGAUACAGUUUGUGUAUUUACAGUUGAAGUCGGAAGUUUACAUACACUUAGGUUGGAGUCAUUAAAACUCGUUUUUCAACCACUCCACA